AUGAAUAUGGAACAGGCGUGGCGAGGAGGCGGUGGCCAGCCGGAAUCACGCAGCAACAGUUCGCAGAACCUCAGCGAAGAAGGAAGAGUCUGGUUAGUUGAGAACCAGCAUGAAGGCGAAGAAAACAGAAGAGGGGAGGGCGGCGCUGGGCCCUCCUCUCAGCUUUUUGAGAACCCAAACGUCCCUGGAAGACCUCCCGCGUGUCUUAGGUCCCUAAACUCUCACGACGCUCCUGGGUUCUCUGUCUCUUCGGUGGCUGCAUGCCCGUGGUCGGAAGUGAUUGAAGCACCCCCGAGUACGUCGGCGACUCUCUCGCCCUCCUCUCCAAGUCCUGCCUUUUCAUCUGCCUCUUCGGCGGUCACGUCUUCCUCGGCGUCUUUCUCUUCUUUCCCAACAGCUCGGUCGUCUGUCUCCCAGGUGCCCCGUGCCUCACAAAGGUUCGCUGUUCCUCUGGACGCAGCCGCGGGCCGUGCCUUGCACUCCACUUUUCCAGAGUCGUCUUUCCCGUCUUCGCUGCUCGUCGGCGACGCUGCGGCCUGUUCUGCAUCUCUGCUGAACUCGGAGAGUCCCGUUUCAGCCAGUUCCCACUUGGCUGCCCAUCCGAGUCCACUGCAUGCGCCCUCGCCAUCGUGCCACGCGAAAAUCUCAAGUCAGCAGUCUUCCUCUGCGUUCCCGGGUUCCGGUGUUCCUGGAGACGCAAGCUCGCGGCGGCGGGGACGCGAAGCAGACGACGGAAACCCUCAAGGUGCACAUCGAAGUUGCGUCGCUUCGUUCCAUAUCCCCGCUCCUGAGACCACCGAGGCACCGGGAAUGCCGUCUGUGAGGCGCGAAGCCGAAAUUCCGGCUCUGGAGAAAACGCAGGAAAAACGCGAGGCGGUCACGCACUCUCUGGUCGUAGGUGACCCUGCGGGACAUGCGGAGGAAUCGAAGGCCAGAGAAGAAAUGCGGAGGCAGGCCUGCGAAGAAAGACACCAAGAAGCGAAAGACCGGGAGAGAGGUGGAAACGGCCAGGAGAGGCAGACUGAGAGAAGCGAAGCGGAGAGAAAGAGCGAUGAAUCGCUGAUCGACUUUGUAGAGAAGGUGGGAGCGAGCUCGCGAGACGAAACACAGAAAGCUAAGGGUUUCCAUUGCCGAGACGAGAGGGGGGAGUGCCCUUCAUUUCCGGAACUGGAGAAGAGAUGGACGGAGGAGCAGCACUACUGUGACUUCUCCGACGCCCAGACGAGGAGAGAGGACGAGGAACUUUCCGCGAAGGAGAGAAAUCCACGAGCAGCCGCAGACGUGGAACCUGACGCGGGGAAGGGAGCAGAGGAGAACAAGGAAGGGGCGUCUUUCGGUGAAACAGCACCGCGAGGCAGCCCGCCCCUCACAGGCGAAGAGACGUUGGCGGCUUUACAAAAACACGUGCACCACCUUCUUGCCAGAGAAGCCGGCGCCACUGUUCGAACUCGGCUCGCAUCUUGCGCGGACGCCCUGCGUGACGCGCCUCUCGACUUGGGAAAACUACGCAGAUUAUGCGCGGCCGGCAUGCCCGACCUGUGUCCAGCAAUUCGAGCCAUGUACUGGCGAAUUCUCCUCGGAUACCUCUCCCUGGACCCCUCUCGUUGGCAAGAUGACAUUGACAGAAAAAGAAGCGCCUACCAAAGCUACAAGGAAGAUUUCAUAAAGGAGCCGGAGUUGGUUCGACGCCUUAGACAGACGGGUCCUUCGCGGACGAAAGUGGAGCGCAACGCGUCGGUUCUUUCCUCUUUGGGGCGCUCUGUCGCGUCCCAAGCUCCUCCGUCUCCCGCUCCUGACCCUCUUUCUUCGGCUCCGAGAGACCCGAAGAUAGCUGGCGACGGCGAGGCCUCGUCGCCUUCCUCUCCUGAAGUCUCUGUUGUUUCCUCUACGUCCUCGCCCUCUUCUCUUCCGUCUCUCUCCUCUCGCCCCUCUUCCCUCUCUUCCGCGCCUUCACUUUCUUCGUCUGCUUCCACCAAACACGUCCAGUCGCUUCUCGCCGCUUUGGUGGCCGCGCCGCCUGCUGAGGAGGGCCUUCAGACGAAUCCGUCCCUCGACUCAGACGCUCAAGAAAGAACUCCUCUCUUUGGAGAGGCGCUCGACUCUCUCCCUCCGACGCGUCCCGCCUCGGCGUCUUCCCCACUGUGUCCCGCCAAGCAUUCGUCAUCUUCUCUGUUUGCCGACACUGCGAGUCCGCCUGCUGUUCACUCCUCGUCCGCUUCGUCUUGCGCUUCGCUUCCGUCUUGUCUCGCGCGGUCUUCGCCGCCACUGUUUCCAGAGCAAGACGAGGCAAGCCGACCCUCUGUCGCGUCCUCGCGGGCUGUGCCUAGAGCCGAAAGGUGUAUGCAGGCUUCGCACAGUCAGGCGUCUCCUUCCCCCCCGGCCGUCUCGAUCCUCCAGGGGAGACAGCUCGUCACGCGGCCUCUUAACCUCGAAGUAGUCAAGGACCAUCCUCUGAGUCAGCAGACCAGCAGCGAGUGGAGAAGCUACUGGGACGACGCUGACAUCUUUGACCAAAUCAACAAAGACGUUUUUCGAACGCGUCCGGAGCUCGCCUUCUUCAACUACGACCCCGCCCUCAGCCUGCAGCACCAGCACGAGAGACUCGUGCGCGCCGUGCAAACCCCUUCCGGCCACAGGCGUGCAGCCGCAACUCUCGCCUGCGAAUCAGCAGAUACGGAAGAGGAGCCUAUCCCGUUGCUGGUGGACUACGAGACCCUGAUGCUCCAGAAGGCCGCAUCGCAGAGAGUCCGCACGGUCAGCGAGUCGUCGGUGUCUUCUGGGGCGUCUUCUGCGCGCCACGCAACCAAGUCUGGUGGGUUCAGUUUGCGAAAUGCCUUCCGUUCCCGCAAGCACAACGCGUCUCCUGGCGACCCUGUGCAGCCACGGUCUCCGUCUUCUCUGUAUGGUUUCGCGCCUCCUCACGGCCUUCCCUCGAGCUUUGCGUCUCCGGGACAGGCAGACGGCCUUGCAGGAGACGUGGACAGUCUGCACGUCUCGCCUUGUGGCGCGAGCGCCCUCCCGUCUGGGCUCCGUGAGGCGAGUCCCCGGAGCGCGGCGAAGCACGCGUUUUCUCUUUCUCCAAGAAGUCUGUCUCUCUCGCCCUCACGUGGCAAGUCUCACAGUUUGCAGUGUGCCACGACUUAUCUGUCUCGGGACAACGUCAGAGGUCGAUGCGCCUCGCCUCGGCGCACCCCAGCGACAUCUUCCUCGAAACUGGGCCACAGACCCUCGUCGCCCCUCGUUCGCUUCUUCACCUCGGGCAUUGUGUCUCCUCGGCGGUCGCGGCGGUCUGGGCCGGGCGGCUCGCCUCGCCGGCAGAGGCCUCCCACGGACGAAGACGUUCCUCUUCUCGAAGGCCUUCAGGAGUCCGCUUGGCGAAGUCCACCAGAGGCCGAGGAGCGUCGGGCCUCCUCCAAUCUCGUCGAGAAUCGGGAGGGCGGAAGAGGAGGCGGAGACGAGACAGCCGAGGGAAGUCCUGCUCGUCACGCGGAGGCGAAGGAGGGCGAAACGAAACGAGAUGAGACAGGCAGGGGGCCUCGGCCAUCAGAUAACUGGCCGCCGGAGCAGGAUCCCUUCUCCAUCCUGACCGCGGGAAAGGGUGCACAUUCCCCGGAGGGGAAGAAGGGAGAAACGGAAGAUGUGGGGGCGGCUUUCACGCCGGACCGACGCGCAGGCAAAACCGCGAGGGCGGGAGACCUACCGACUUUCAAUCUUGCAGAGAGCGACAGAACUUCAGCGAAGGUCUUGCAGCCGAAGCGCCAAGAUCAACUGAGCGGCCAAGAGGGACAGAGACCGGGAAUCCGCACUCAUCCGCCACUGGAAGCAUCUGUCUCAGGGGACGCGCCUAGCACUGACAGUGUCUCUACAACUCGGACGCGCGCGUCCUCAACAUCCUUUCCGUCUUCGUUUUCUUCUCUCGCGUCGCAGGAAGUUCACGGCCACGCUCUCGAGGUGGGGCCAGGGCAUGAGCGGGACGCCCAGCAGGUUGCUUCCUCGUCGCCCCUUCCCUCCAGAAGCUGGCGGCUCGGGAGCCUUCCUCGCCAUCCAGUGGAGGCCCAGGAAGGCGCGAAGCGAGGCGGCGAGACGCCCGAAACUGCGCGCGCGCUGGCGGAAGGAAUUCGAGAGAAACCGGAGACCUCGCCAGGCGAAGACACCCGGUGGGGGACAGACGGAAGCACGGUCAGGGCUGGAGACGCUCUCUUCCCCGCCAUAACGACGUUGAGCGCGGCGCCCGGACUCGCCAGCCAACCAGAGUUUGACAAGCCAAGCGAUGGAAUAAUAGUGUCUGACGGUGGCAGGAGGGUGAACAGUCAGAAGAUGCCCUUUGUUGUUUCUGGAGAGAUCUGUGAAUCCGAGCGGGCGUCUGCGGCAGCACCUGCGCCAGGCCUUGGCGGCGAAGGCCCCGUCGACAGCGAGCGACGAGAAACUCUGGACUGCCCUCCCCAGGAAGAAGGCCCAGUGAGAGAGGAUAGGAAGAAGCGGCCUUCAGGGGCCUCUGCCGAUGUCGCGUGUUUGCGCGCUCCCCAUGGUGCGUCCCUGCCGUCUUCCUCUUCGGAAAGCGGUCCGCAUGCGCUCUCGAACGACGGCGCAGACUCGCAUCCGGAGGAGAUCGUCCCGCUCCUUCAGCCCUGUCGGGCGCCGGCGGGCAUGCAAGACACCUGCGAUUUGCUGGAGCCGCGGAGACACUACGAUUUGCUCGGGCGCGUGCUGUUUGUCUACGCCAAGGUCAAUCCAGGGAUUCGAUACGUGCAGGGAAUGAACGAGUUGCUCGCCCCCAUCUACUACGUCAUCAUGUCGGACCCCCUUUGCACGGAUCCGCUUCAGGCACGUCAGGACAAGAGGGAUUUGAAGGGGAUGCGCCCCGCAAAGCCUCUCCACGCAGAGGCCGAGAUCUUCUUUUGCUUCACAGAGUUGAUGCAGGAGCAGCGAGACGCAUUCUGCAAGGCCCUCGACCCCACGGAUAACGGCGUCAGCGGGCGGAUUUCUCGUCUCAGCUCGCUCUUGAAGAAGAAAGAGUUCCAGCUUCCUGACGUUCUCGUCCUCUGGGACGCCUUCAUUGCCGAUGACGGAUGGCCCUUGCCUCUUCUCUACUACGUCUGCGUCGCCAUGAUUCGCUGGCUGCGACCGGCCCUUCUAGCUGGCGACUUCACCGCUUGCAUGAAACUCCUCCAGCACUUGCCGGCCUUCGACCCUCAGGUGCUUCUCGGAGCAGCCGUCCGCAUGCGAGAGGAAGACAUAGCCGCGGGCCACGGCGCUGUCUCCGCCGACGUCCCGUCGUCGUCUGCCGGUCGUCCGCCUUGGCUCAACGGCCUCGAGCGUCUUGAUCCGCUGCGCACGCGAGCCCAGCUCCACGCGUUUCCAUCGUCUCGGCUCCAAGUGUCGCCUUUGUUUGGUCGCCUCAAGAACGCCGGAAACGCGCUUUCCGCGUUCGCGUCUCCACCGGCACUGCCUGGACCCCCUUCCUCUUCUCUCUUGAGUCGCUUUGCUAACGGCUUGGUUGGAACCCGAGAGGGCGGCAGUGUGGCGCCCGUGGAGCCCAACGACCGCGGUCGGGGCCGAGGUGUCUCCCAGGCGAAGCCGGAAGACGAACCCGAGUGCGAAGCUGAAACAGCUGAAAUUGGAGGUGACUCGAGGGAAGUUGCAACUCGCUCCUGUGUCCCGCCGAAAAAUCCAGAAACCGAAGAGAAACCGACAAGCACAAUAGCGAAUACCCCGCUGUCCGGCACUGCGCGUACGGGCUCUGGAAACCUCCACGCGCUCGUCGCCUUCGAAGAAGCGAGGCACGAGAGACAGCUCGCGGGGCGUACCAUGCCGUCAAGUCCCUCCCUGCGGGCUGGAGGGCUCGAACGGGGCGACCAGGAGACAGAAAGGGGACGAGAGGGCGUCGGGAGAGGCGGAAGGUCUCUUUUGAGAGAACGCGGAGAGGCAGACAGAGAGAACGAAGAGCGCGACAGGAAGGAGAGAGAACAGGAGCGACGGCGGAGAGAGGAAGAAAGAAGGAGGCAGGUCAUUGGCAGUCUCCCUGGGACAUUCAUGACCGGAGGAAAAGCAAAAGCGGAAGGAAAGAACUCGUCUGUCGCCGCGACUAGCUUCGAGCGAGAAGAGGAAGGAAAGAGAUACGAGGAGGGGUCGGAAACUCGGCGAGAACGCGAAGACAGAUUCAACUCGAGGUCGCUCUUUCCCUGGAGAAGAAGCGAAGAACCCGGUGAACGAGACAGAGACUUCGAGGGCACCUUGUCAAGUCUGGGGGAAAAACUCGGAGAACUUCGCUCCUUUGCAGUCAAGAGCUUCGUUGCAGACACCGCGCGAGCUCUCUGGGCUGCUGGAACGGGGAGUGGCGAGAACUUCAAUCAAGGACGAGAGAAAGGGACAGAGGGAGAGCGAGACUGA